AUGUCGCCGCCCUUAGAUGUCAGAGACGCCGCCUGCCCGGACGCCCGCAGGUUACGAGGACUGCAGGGACCUCAAGCCCUCACUCCCUCGCGCAGCUCUUCCCAGUGCGCAACCUUUAGGAACUCUCGUUCGCUCCGGUCGAAAGCCAUGCUGGCCUUGGCACUGCUGUCGUUCUGCGCCGCCGGGUGGGCGGCCGCCGCGCCCCACGACGAGGAUCUGCGCGCCAGCGUCGUCUUCAACCAGCUGGCGAUCGCCCAGGUGCUCGACAACCUGAGCAACAUCUCUCAGGGCGACGCCGCAGUGACGACGCAGCUGGCGCAGUUAUCCCAGAGCCAGAAGGCGCAGAUGCAGCAGAUCAGCGAUGACCUCACUCGAGUGACAUCCAGCGUCGACAUCCUCUCCAAGGCUCUCACAUCACACCUGCAGCUGGAUGACGUCAUCAACCGAGGUACUUUCACGCCAAGUGAGUUAGUGGAAAAAGUGAAAGCACAAGAGAACGAAAUGCAAAAACUGUUGCAAAGGAGAAACCAAACUGCAGCCGUCAUUCGACAGCUUGAAGAACAAAGUCUGCAACUUCAAAAUGAGGUCGACCUCAAACAUCAAGAGAGUCAGCAAAAGGAGGACUCAAUCGCACAACUCAACGCCAGCAUUCAGAAAGUGAAAGAUGAAAACCAGCAGCUUUUGGCCAGAGGCAGUGACAUGGAAGCAGAGGAGGCCUCCCUUCAAGAAAAAAUACAGGCACUGAAAGACCAAGUGACGGGGAAGAAAACCAUGUACAGUCAGAAACAGGCAAUCAAGGACCAGCUAGAUCAACAGCUCGCAGAGUUAGAGAGUAAUGAGAAUGAAAUCCGACAGGAAAUGGCCCAACUGGACGAGGAAAUUAGGCAGCUUCAGCAGAAGAAGACGGCAGUCGAGGGAGAACAUGAAGCUCAGCUAGAAACGAACGCAAACUUGAAGGAAACUAGAGAGAAUGGCCUGGCAACGAGUGGUAGUCUCCAGGCAGCAGUUGAGGAGUUGAAGGGGAGAGCCAGAAAUGUAGAGACCCAGAAUGAAUCACUGAAAAGACAAAAGAAGUCAGCCGAAGAUGAGCUGGGGAGACUUAGGGCAACACUGACCUCACUAAACAACAAGAAGAAUCCGAUGAAAAGAAGAAUGGAAGAGUCAAUUAAGUUCUACAUGGAAACAUGCCUUUAUGUCACAUUGGGUUCAUAUUUUAGGAAAACAAAUUGCAAGAAAAGAGAUGAGCCCAGUGAGAGGGAAAUAAUUUUACUUUGCAACACCACAUGGAAACAUUUUCUACUCCCAACAGAAAUCCGUAGCUGCACAAACAUCAGCGAAGCUUUGCAGACAAGGACAAGCCUCAACGAGAACCUAAUCCGGGAACAGCAAGAAGCGAACGCCCAGCUGGAAGCAAAGCGCAGGGAGGCGGAGGAGAGAAUCCGCCAGGCAAGGAUCACCAAGCAACAGUUGCAACAACAGCUCCUCCAACUGCAGACGGAUGAGCUGCAACGGAAACACGAGGAGGUGCAGGUCAAGACGGAGAACCUCGAAGCCAAAACCAGACUUCAAAGAAUAGAAGGCGAGAAAGUCCAAAUGAGAAACGAAAUCGCGAAACUCGAGCAGGAUCUACAACUUGCCAAUGAAAGAAUUCAACACACUGAAACACUGAUUCCUUCCCUAAGACAAAAGAUUGAUUUGGUCACCAGUGCCUUAAUACAGAGAAAAAACGAAAAGGUGGAUGAGAGAACCUCUCUAUCACAAAGUGUAAAUGGAACUGAGGAAAGGAUCAAACGUCUCACAGCUGAAAAUAGCCAUCUACAGGAAGAGAUUGAACACACCAAGGCAGAUGACCAGACGAACACGAGAACCAAGACGGAGCUGGAACAGAAAAUAGAUGCACUGAACACCCAGGAAAGCAGAACUGGGCAGAAACUUGGAACAAGUCAAUGCACAAAAUAGUCAGGCUUCAAAAUCCAUUGCGAGUGUCCAGAAAGAAAUCAAAGACAUUGAAACUUAUUUCAGUGAGUCAGAACCACGACUGCGUAAACAUUGUAGUGGUUGAGCACUUUUUGAAUACUGAUGUAGAUUUGAAUUAUAUUCUGCAGUGUAUUAACGGCAACAAUUCCCAAUAAAAAUCUAUAAAUUAAUGAA